AUGCCGUGUGAACAACCUCACCAUAGCCACACCUGGCCUACCUCCGGACCUCUCGCCAUCCACUUCUGCGAAAACAUAUGCGGAUACUGCAAGACGUCGUCUGGUGCAUUGAUCGGAGUGCCGUGGGCGAACUGGUGGUCGUUGUGGGAGCACGUACACAGCGUACAUCUCAAUCGACAGCACGGGACGGAUAAGGAGGUGGAGUUGAUGGGACCAGCAAGAGAUGAGUUGCCCGAAGGCAUCCUCGCGCCAGUGUCAAAAGAGCGCAAUGACGUGCGUGCUCAGUUACGCCAGGCACUGAUUGCUGCCACUGCCCGGACUCCUGGAAAUGGAAAUGAGAGAACGCCAAUCGACCUUGAGAAGCCCACAGUGGCGUCCACCACAAACUCACCACUAGGCCCGGCGACAUCUCGUCUACCCUUCGCACCCAUCGUCAGGACAACGAGCAAGAAGAAGAAAGGUAGCAAAGAACCGCAAGACGAAAGCUCAGCUGAGAAGGAAUAG